GGUAUUGUCAAUUUAUUAUUAUGUUUUAAAUUUUUAGAAGGAAAUUAUAACAAAAAAGUAAUUCAUAAAUAUAGAAUAAACACAUUUAACAUUGUCUUCUAAAAUAAAAUGUCUUUGUUAACGCGUACAGAUGUAACGACUGUUAAAUUUUUCAAUAAUUUUGUCUUGGCAGGUGUAGGAAGUUCAUUAGAGGUAUUUAACAAAGAGUCCGGUAAAUUUAUUCAAAAAAUUAAAAUAUUUAAUGGACAAAAAGUACAUAGCGUUGAAUAUUUGAAAUGUGAAUCAAAAUUUCUCAUAAUUGGAGGUAAACAGUUUUCCAUUAUAGAAUUGAUAUUUAAUUGUGAUGAAGAUGCAGUCUCAGAACAGCAGAUAGUAUGUUCUAUAUUAUGUAAUGACUGGCUUCAUUCCGGAACUUGGAUUUCUAAAGAAGAAGUAGCAGUUUUAACUGCCCAUAAUGUAGUGCAGAUUUGGAAUAUAAAAGAUGGAACAUUUGUUAAAGAGUAUAUAAGCAAAGAUAAUUCUAUAUUAUACAGUGGGCUAGUGUUUCCCCUACUAGACGAUAUCCUUGUAUUUAGUGGCACUGUAUUCUCUGAUGUCAUUAUACACCGGUGCGGUGAUGAUGCACCGCUGCAUCACUUAAAAGGUCAUAAGGGUGUAAUAUUUUCAAUAACUUAUAACUCUGAGAAAGCAAUAAUAGUUACCACGUCUGACGAUAGGUCGGUCAGGAUAUGGUCUAUCUGCAAUACGGAACCCGUUAGUUACGAAACUAGGAGUUACUGGAACAAUGCUAAUAUUACUUGUGUUCAUACUCUAUAUGGUCACAUGGCAAGAGUGAUGCGCAGUCUUAUUACAAAUGAUUUAAUUAUAUCAAUUGGUGAAGAUUCUAGAAUAUGUUUCUGGAAUCAUCAGGGGAAAUUGUUGAGGAAAAUACUUUCUCAUCAAAAUUCUUGCAUUUGGUCAUUAGAUGCUGACGACGAACACCUCGUAACGGGUGGUGGUGACUGUGGGGUUAUUCUUCACCCCCUAUCAUUAGUAUCGGAAUAUGGCCACAAAGAGAUUAUACCCAUUAAAAUUGACACACCAAAGAAAGUAAAAUUGACCGCCAGACAGAAUAUUAUUAUCAUGAAUGAAUCAAAUGAACUUAUUUACUACGAUGUCAGCUCAAAUACCAGCCAAACAUAUGAUUUAUGUCACACGUCGACAUAUAAGUUACUAAGUAUAUCUUCAUGCAAACAAAUCAUAGCAGUCGCUGAUAUGAAUGGGAAAUUAGAUGUUUUCAUUGAAAAUUGCAAAGGGGACGCUGUAAUUCAUAAAAUUAUUGAUACGCAAUUAAACUUAGGAAAAAUUCUUUCUUUACAUUGGGCUGGAAAUAGACACAUAGUUGUGUGCUCCGAAAAUGGUCUGAUAACAGUUUUGGCUUCGAAAGAAAUAGAUACUGAAACAGUUGAUGUAUUCCAACUCCCCCCUUGCAAAGAGCGCUGGUUGACAUCGAGCGCUCUCAGCUCUAACAGAGAUGUGCUAGUAGUGGGGGAUAGAUGUGGUCACAUUCACGUAUACGUUCGCGGUAAUAGAAACCCUGUCAAAAGUUUCGAUAGGAUUUACGAUAGAUACGGUGCCACAUCAAUAACUAUAAGAAAUAACGAAAUAAUAACAACGGGUCGAGACGGCAAGAUCAAAUAUUUUUCAUUGAACAGUUACGAUAAUCAAAUUAAAUAUAUGUGUUCUAAAGAUGUAGAGUUUCAAUGGCUAGAAAAGUUUUUGGACAAGAACGAGAAUUACCUCUGUGGGUUUCAAGAGAGAGUUUUUGUAGUCUAUGAUGUUAAAAAUAAUAUCAAAGUUCUGGAAGUGGCGUGUGGUGGCGGACACAGGUCAUGGGACGCGGUUCGUUACAUUGAAAAAAUCAAUGGUAAUUUUGAAGAAUUCAUACGAAUAUUGUAUCUCAAAAAUUACACACUACAUUCGGAAACGUUUCAGCUAAGUAAAAUAAUGUCGAAAAACAUAAUAAACGGAAUACAUUCUAAACAGAUAAAUUGUUUGAAAACUUACAAAUAUGAUGAGGAGAAUACUUUGUCAAUAUUCAUAUCAGGCGGGGAAGACACGACUCUGAGAGUAUCGAGCUCAGAUCAGAAAACAAAACUAAAAGAUGAACUUAUAUUUAAACAACUAUCAAGUAUAAGAACAUUAAAAUUUCACCGUCUAGAUAAAAAUAAAAUACUUUUAAUAUCAGCUGGCGGACGAGCACAAAUAUGCGCUAAAAUACUUACAUUCGAUCGAGAUAACAUUAAAGUCACUUCAGAAGAAUUAGUUGACUACCUUAUAAAAGGCACAGAUAAAGAAAGAAAAGGUGACAAAAACUGGAGAGACUGUUCUAUAGAUUUUGAUCCAGAGACUAGAAUAAUGGACUUGGAGAAUGUUAAGAUAGAUGAUGAUUUUGUAAUCAUCGCAGCUUGCUCGGACGCUGCCAUACAGAUAUUUAACUUGAAUACUGAAAAAAGAAAACUAAAUCCAGUUCAAGAGAUCAGAUACCAUAAAACUUGUAUUUUAAAAACACAUGUUUUUCAAUUUAUAGACAAGACCGCACUCGUGACUUGCACGACUAGAGGUGAGGUUGCAUUUUGGGAAGUCGGAAAACUGCCAGAGGUUUUGUCGUGCGAACCAAUGUUUUCAGUACAAACAAAUAAAUCUGGAAUAAACGGCGCCGAUGUUAAUGUAAUUGACGAUACAAGAUUCAUAUUAGCGACAGCGGGAGACGAUAACGCGAUACACAUAAAAGUAAUACAAGUCGAAAAUAAUCAUUUCAAUUCAAUGAAAGUCGUUAAUUCUUGGUCGUCUGAAAAAUAUCAUUGCUCACAAAUAACCGGUCUCAAGAUAAUCGAAGAUUUGAUGAUCUCAACGAGUAUUGACCAGAGGUUGACUUUGUUCACGCUGUCCGUGACUGACGACGGAGUUGAAUGUGACUUCCAUUCGCAAUAUUACAGCGACGUGUCCGACAUACACGGUCUGGAUGUUCUGGAUGUUUCGACCGAGUCAAUUACGAUCAGCGUCUUCGGAAAGGGGAUAGAAGUUCUUCAAAUACCCAAACCUACCAAAUAAUUAACAUAGAAAAUAAUCGUUGGAUUGAGAGGACGAACACUUUGAGAGGUCGACAGAUUUUGACAUACGAUAAGAUACAAGGACGUGUGUGAGCUGGAUGGCCGUGCCGAGACCUAGUGAACCAUAGACCUAUGAGGGAUGAAUCACAAACGAUCGGGAAACAAACUUCCCGCACAAACAUUCACAGGCGUUAGACGGGCGACGUGACGUGGCGAGCGCCGACAAUCAGUCAAUGCUACCACCACGUGGUACCCUACUGUCUCACGUAAAGAUAUUGCCUAGUUGACUGCUGCUAGUUAAGCGAAGUCGAGAUGGCCUAGUGGUUAGAACGCGUGAAUCUUAACCGAUGAUCGUGGGUUCAAACCCGGGCAAGCACCACUGAAUUUUCAUGUGCUUAAUUUGUGGUUAUAAUUCAUCUCGUGCUUGACGGUGAAGGAAAACAUCGUGAGGAAACCUGCAUGUGUCGGAUUUCAUUGAAAUAAUGCCACAUGUGUAUUCUACCAACCCGCAUUGGAGUAGCGUGGUGGAAUAAGCUCCAAACCUUCUCCUCAAAAGGGGAGAGGAGGCCUUAGCCCAGCAGUGGGACAUUAACAGGCUGUUACUGUACUGUUACUGUAUUUAAGCGUAAUACGUGAAGAUUGUGAUCCUUCACUGAGUUUCUUGCCGGUUCAUCUCGGUAGAAUCCACAUUACGAUCCGGUGAUAGCACUUAACGAUUCUAAAGUACUUGUGAAAGUCUAUUUGAAUAAAAAAAUAUUUUGAUUUGAUUUUGUAACCCCACACACCUACAUUGUACAAGAUAUAGUUUGAAUUGUAAAUGGAUAAUGAAAAUAUAUUUAUUAAUCAGCUAGGAGACGUUUUUUACGUGUGUAGUAGUGUAGCACACAGUGACUAAAGCCGAAAUAAACCAGUUUUCUUUAACUACAACGUGCCUCGAAUUCUCGCAUAAGUAGCAUUACAAGUGUCAUUUUGUCUAUUUUAUAAUUUUCUUACUAACUACUUUAUAAUAAAAUAUAUGUAAGUUAAAAUUUACGUCGUAAAAAAUGUCACAAUGAAUAUUAAUUCCAUUAUGAUAACAGAGGAAAAACUUAAUGCUAUGCCAAUCUAUUGAGGAAAAGUAAUUUCAGACUGAGACGAGGUGUUAGAUACAAUAUCUUUUUUUAUAGAAUGGAAAUGUUAACCAUCGUUUACGUCGUCAAUGCGCCACCAACCUUGGAAACUAAGAUGUUAUGUCCCUUGUGCCUGUAAUUACACUGACUCACUCACCCUUCAAACCGGAACACAACAAUACCAAGUAAUGCUGUUUUGCGGUGGAAUGUCUGUUGAGUGGGUGGUACCUACCCAGACGAGCUUGCACAAAGCCCUACCACCAGUAAACCACAACUACCAGAACGAAUUAUCAUUAAGAUUUUUGGUUUAAUGCAAUGAUGAGGAUGACUAAAAUGUCUAGGAUAAAAAUUCUACAGUAACCAUAACCCAAACGACGUAACUUUUUAAGAGGUCGACAGAUAUUGCUAAGUAAGUUCCUCAUUGCUCUAUGAUAUUAACUUUGUGAAGAUUAUAUCGAUUUACAAAGUUGCGUUUAUAAUUUUAUUACUAACUUUAAAUCUGUUUAUAAAUACAGAAUAAACAGGUAUUUGUAUUGAGUCAAUAUUACGGUUGGUAGAUUAUCAUCGGCAGUAAAUGGUUUUGCACGUUAUCUGAAGAUUUAUCUCGGCUCAUCAUGACAGCAAAUAUCUAAUCUCACUGUAUGUUAACAAUACAGGGAUUAUAACUUCUAGAAUGCAUUCGAUAUUCUCUUGAAAUGCAUAUCAAAGGAAGUAUAUCAAAAACUUUUAUUAAACUUCAACGCCUAUUAAUUCGUGUUUUUAUUCUCGGGCUUGACGGUGUAGGAAAACAUUUUGAAACCUGCAUGUGUGUGAUGAAAAUCUCCCACAUUUGUUUCCACAAACCCGCAUUCAACUAACUCAAUGAAAAAUGAUUGGUUUCGAAGUUGCUUAUAUGAAUGGUAUAUAGAAUGAAUUUCACGACUCGUAACUCAAAAACUAUCAGUUACUGAUGUACAAUACAGUAACAGCCUAUGAAUGUCCCACUGCUGGGCUAAGGCCUCCUCUCCCUUUUUGAGGAGAAGGUUUUGCAGCUUAUUCCACCACGCUGCUCCAAUGCGGGUUGGUGGAAUACACAUUAUGCAGAAUUUCAAUGAAAUUAGACACAUGCUUACGAUGUUUUCCUUUACCGUCAAGCACGAGAUGAAUUAUAAUUACAAAUUAAGCACAUGAAAAUUCAGUGGUGCUUGCCCGGGUUUGAACCCACGAUUAUUGGUUAAGAUUCGCGCGUUCUUACUACUGGGCCAUCUCGGCGUCUCGUACAAUAACGAUUCUUUAAAUCCUGGCAUUAGUGUAUGGAUUCGUGCACUGAAUUUUUAACUUGAAAGCUUGUUCUCAUCGUUAAGGUAUAAAGGGAUGAAAGUCCUUCAUUUCUAAAGAAAGAGCUGUAGAAAUUGGUAUUUAGUAAUACUGAAUGAUGACGCAAGCGAAACCGCGGGUAAAGCUAGUAGUUCUGUAUAUGCAUACCUAAGCACAAGGUCCACUGCCAGUUAUAAAUAAAGACAGGUAAAAUUGAAAAUGUUAUCAAAUUUUUGUAGAACUGGUUACACUACCGUUUCAAAGAGAAUUGAACAAAUAAAUUUCGCAAUCCAUUUAUUAAAAUGGCUAAUCGUCCUGGCUUCGCACCCAUAGAUGAGAAGAAAAAUGUAUUUUGAAUAGGAUUUGCGUAAAAGUGUUCUUAAUGAGCGUCUACUUCUGGGUAAGAGUAACUGACAAAUUUAAGGUUAACGAGCGGAUAGUUUAGAAGAACUCGUAAUGAGCGGUAUUUUGUUUAUAUAAGUAUAUAGAUGAGUAAAGAAAAGACAGUUUGGAACCAUUUUCUCUUCUCUUUUUUUCCUGUUAGAAUUGUAAAAAAAAACAAUGUAAUGCAAUGAUGGUAUUUCGACCACUGCGAGAAAACUAGUGUUUUAUAAAUGAUCAACUUACAAAACUGAAGUAAGUAUCAGAAUGUGACAAAUAAUCACAUGUAAUGGUGUUCUUGCAGUUAAUAAUGUAAAAUAAUGUGUGUCCUCCGUACCGACUUCGGCCACGGCGGCCAAUCUCAAGAGAAAUAAGCCAACUGUGCGGCGAUCCGACACGACCGAAAAGAGUUCAGGCGCAGCACCAACGUGCGUACUUUCCGAGGCAAGAGAGUGUACACACUUCCAAACUCCGGGCUGCUACAGAGAAUUAUCGAUAGAAAAACCCAAUAACUUUUUAUUGGCCCGGCCUGGGAUUUGCACCUGGGACCUCGGGGUCUGCGGCCACUAGAUCAACAAAGCACCUAAUAAUACAAAAUAGGUCUUAAAAUAAUUUCAUGACAAAUAUGUCGUUGUCGAAAUGAUAAACAUCGUAUAAAUAAUAUGAUAGUCAUUUACUAUCAUAUUUUUUAUAAAAGCUGACAGGAAAUAUGUACGUUGCGCGGAUCAUACAGAGUCAGUUAUAGUUAUUAAUAAUUAAGUGAUUAUUUACGAUUACGUAAUAUAUUAACAAAAGUUAAUACUUAAUUAUUGAGAUGGUUUCCUAUGAUUAUAAUUAGAAAACGUUGAAAAUAUUAAUUUGUAAAAUUAAAAUGAAUCGGUAAAAAAAAUUCACACCAUGGGAGUUGAUAUUCUUUAAUAAGUUUUAUAAAAAAUAUACAAUUUCAUUAUAGUAUUGUUACCUGUAAAUUGGUAAAUUUGAGAUUAAAAAAAACCACUGAAUUUUUUUCACCGUUUCUUUUUUGUUAGCAGAUUUUUGACAAUUGAUAAGCAAGUGCAACACUUCUGUAUUAAAUAAAUAUUUUUGACCUCUGAAUUGUAGUUACAAUCAGAAUCAGUAAACCCUUCAAUCGUAGGUACGUGUAUCGGGAUAGAAGUCAAUCUCAAAUAGUUUUAAAAAUACCUCUAUAAAACCAAACAAAUAAAUAAACAGCAUACGUUUUAUAAAGAAACAGUGGAGUUUGUCUUAAGAUCCACCAGGCGAUCUCAGUUCCUACAAUAACUUAAUUCAAGUAAAUUAUCUUUAGUGCUAAAAUAUAAUCUGUCGGAUGAUAGCGGCG